AUGGGUCUCCCUAUCUGGCGCGCGCCGUCCCCUGCCGACCACCGCGCCCAGGCAGUCAAGAACGACGCGUCUGCCGCGACACGCUCCCCAAUACGCCGCUCCUCUCCAGCCUCGUCGCGUCCGGGGCGCAUACCAGCGCGCAGCGAUGCAAACGGCCCCUCUCGUCGUUACAUUAGCGUGGCGGAGCUUAUCACGCGUCGCGCAAAUGGGCGCGAGGCCGAGCGACGCACCCAGGAGCGCCGCACCGCGGACCUGAGCAGCAUGGCCGACGACUGGCUCUCCGACCUUGACCGGCUAGCAUCCAUCGCCUCCGAAUCGCGCGAGCAGGCCAGCAGCCCUGAAGACCGCGUUCACUUGUAUAUCAGCACCGACGGUCCCAGUAUCCGCGCCAGCCGCCACGGCCCCAGCCACCCCGAGAACGACCCCUUGUCACGCUCCCGUUCCGACGCCCACGAACGAGAGUCGAGUAGCGAUCCGGAUCGCCCUCUCCCCCGAGAGCUUUGGGAGCGUCCGCGCUCUGCGCCGCGCGGCACGGACGUGAUCUCCAGGCUGUCAGGCAGGCGACGCCGCGUGUGGCCGCCCCGGGCUCAAGAGCCGCUUGGAGAACUGCCAAGACACACAUAUCGUCGCGCACCGAGCAACUGGCCUUUCGCGAGCGAGUCUGUGGACGGCAACGAGGAAUCCGCGCCAACGGACGCCGGCCGCGACAUGGCGGAUGCCACGCGCGAUUUGCCUCCGCUCAGACGCAUGGGAAGGAGGCAAGUCACGAAUGGCCUUCUGCCGGCCAGCUAUCUGCGCCAGUCUUGGAGCCCGCCUGGUACCUUAGAUGGACUCGGAGAUCGUGAGCGCAGCCUGAGUCCUCCCGCUGAUCCCUGGGAGACGAUGCUUACUACCAUCACGCCAGACGCACAGCUUCCUAGCAGAGACUCAUCCUUCACCUCCGCAGCCGCUUCCGCUUCCUUCUCCGCCUCGAAUAACUCCCAAGACGGAUCUGAAUCGGCGCGAGGAGCCUCGGUGGACUCUCCGAACACCCAACUUACCGUCCCAUCUCGCCGGCCGAGCCAAGACGAGUCAUCCGCUCUCCCGCAGCGUGGCUGCGAGACCGACGACGACAUGUCUGGAAACGAUACAGAGGGCGAGGAGAGACUGGGCCCCCGUGGCUCGGCGUCACGCUCUCGUCGAGACAGAUCGUGGGGAUUCUACGACCGCCCCCGUUCCCGCCAAGACGGCCCGCCAACGCGCAACCCGGCGGCCUACCCGCCUUCCGUUCGGUCGCGCUCCCACGACGCGACGACGCUGGUGCAGAACUACUUCACAUUCGCCGAGCGUGCGUCGUCCUCUGGCAGCACCAGCCCUCCCGCUCCUUCCCGUUCGCCCCCGCCGCGUUCGUCCCAGUUCACGAGCUACAUCCUCCCCCGCCUCCCGGGCCUGUACCGCGAGAACAGCAGCGGCGGCGUCGUCGAGAGAAGUUUCGAAAACAGGCGCGACAGCGGCGUCGGCAGCGACGCGGCGAACACGAGCACCAGCGGCGGCGGUAGCGGCGGCAGCGGCGGCAGCAGCAGCGACAACCGGAUGAGCAGCAGCACCCCGGCCCUUCCGGACUUCGCGGACAUCCUGGACAGAGUCGCGGAGAGGCACCCGCAGAUGGACCCGGAGCUGGAGUCGAUGCGCGACAUCCUGGGACGGCUGGCGCGACGUGACGACGUGCCUGAGGAGUUCUGGACCGGUGCCGGACUGGUGCCUCCCAUGCUCGAGGGCGCGCCCAGGAGGGACCAGCGUGAAGGCGCGUGGGAUGAGGCCUAA